AUGAGCCAGAGCUCGCCCAAUGCUCAGCCUGUACCGGGUCCUCCCUUCCGUAGCAACUCGUUUGCUCCGUCAUCAGUGAGGGGACCUUUGGCGGGAGGUCGCCAGAUCACCCGAAAUCGGGCAAGCUACAGCUGUCACACAUGUCGGCGUCGGAAGGUCAAAUGCGACAAGAUACAUCCGAUAUGUGGGAACUGCGUGAAGAACAAUACCAAGUGUAUAUAUGAUGUGUCAUUCCACAAAUAUGACGAUGGACGUGAUGGACUUGAUGCUUCCUCCCGAAAUGUACAAGGCGUCAAACGAAGGAGAGGGCUGCCCCGGUCAUUGGAGGAGGAUGUCGACGAGCUCCAGUCAAUUUACGGACACUUGAGGCGGGCAGAGUCGACAGGUGAAAGACCUGACCCGAGCGCCAUUGAAUCACGACUUGACAAGCUUAUGUCAAUGAUUGAGCGCCUUGGGGGGAGCAACCAACCCUUUGAAGAUGUGGGGAUGCAAACAGCAACCGCAGAUGUGAAAGUGGAACCAACACAUUUAGAUGACCCACGGUCGAGCGAUGAAUUGAACGGAAACAAAGCACAAUCAAGAUCUACCAGUCCACGUCGCACUGCCACAGAGUUGAGCAGCGAUGAGUUUCCAAUCCCAUCUGGUCAGGCGACUGAUUUAGUAGACCCAGUUGGCAGUCUGAACUUGGGCCAUUUGAGCCUAGAGGACGGCGGAAAGUCAAGAUAUGUUGGCACCACGUAUUGGGCCUAUAUCUCUGGCGAAAUCAAUGAACUCAAUCAAUUGUUGAGAGACCAAAAUAAUUCACAUGAGCAGUCUACUCCGGAAAAGAAUAAUGAAGACAUCGCAGAUUCGCAUGCCGAUGGUCGACAGUCCUGGAGACAAUCGAUAGGCAGCUCGACACCUUCAAUUACGCCUGGGUCAUGUUCUUUUCAACAAUCCAUAAUCUUCCCUUCGGGUGACUCUCCCUCGGUCAAUGAGAAGGCGGUGGAGCCAGAAAUGCUUGAUCACAUACCGACGAGACGGCAAAGCCAUAUUCUCUACAAAGGAUACAUUUCCGGUGUACAUGCCAUCAGUCCUAUCAUUCACCCUCCAACUAUUCUCAAACUCUACAAUUCCUUCUGGCAUUGGUAUGACUGCAGUAGCUAUUCUGGAGAACCAUGUCCGAACCCAUCAUUCAUUCCAUUACUGUACGCCAUAUGGUAUGGUGGCUCGGUCACGAUUUCAAUGCGAGCAAUCAAAGCUGAAUUCAACGUGUCGUCGCGGUCAGCCCUUUCAACAAUUUACACGGAUGAAGCUACGAGAUGGCUUACGAAUAUCAAAUUCCCACGUAGCCCUUCACUUCAAGGCCUUGCUGCUUAUCUCAUUGUACAGACAAUCGUUACAAAAGAGGAAGAGCCUCUGACGAGUAGUCUCUUUGUCAGCCUUGCGAUGAGGGUUGCCCAGACUAUGGGUCUACAUCGGGAUCCAGCUAAAUUCGGCAUAGAGCCAUGUGAAGCUGAGUACCGGCGCCGAUUAUGGUGGCAUAUCAUGCACAUGGACUGUGUCGUCGCAAUGUCAAGCGGCCUGCCUCCGCUUGUUAGUGACGAGAAUUAUUGGGAUGUGUGCGAGACGAGCGAAAUGAAAGAUACGAUGCUGGGUAGCCCUGCUGCAGAGUCAUAUAUGAAACUGGUUGCUUCACGGGAGCGGCCACCCGAUAACCCAGAUGAUCCCACUGUUUGUGGCGGGCCAUCAAUGGUCAACGUGUAUUACCUGACCGCAAGAGGGAAAUACACUAUGGCUCGCGCCAUUCGCCGAAUAUUGAAGAUCCAGCUUGGAACGAAGCCACUCACCAGGCAGGACAUGGAGGAGCUCCGAUCCAUACUCCUUGAUUUGCAACUGAAGCUGAAUUCUAUUAUCAACAGGAUUCCAGAGGAGAAGGAAGUUGAUAACAUAUCAACGCCAGCCCGAGCUUUUUCCAUGUCCAAAUCCCCAGCCGAUGGUCCCUCUUCCGACACUGAGCUUCCAGGCGAAGGUUCCGACGGAUGCCCAGAACAGUAUCACUCACCAGUUCUUGUUUUCUUCCAUAAAUGGGCGAAAAUCAUUCUUUCGUUGUAUAUUGACAAGGCCUUCUGCGUGGCCUAUCAGCCUUUUCUGAAGAACGCUCGCAGCCGGAUCUGGCCAGCGGCACGCCAGAGUGCACUUCGCCAUUGCCAUGGUUUCAUGGAAAAGUUCAUCCAGCUUGCAACGGAUCCUGACUUCCAGCCAUUCCAUUGGAGCUGGCCUGGCAAUCAUCAACCAAUGCAUGCUACUAUGAUCAUGCUUAUUGAUUUAUAUGAGCGACCUUACAGCCCUGAAGCAUCCAAGUCCCGCGCGUUCAUCGAUAGUAUACUGGCACUUUCUGGCCCAGAUGGAGGCGUGGUAGGCGGUGAAGACGGCGUCUCAACACAGCGGCCAUUGAAGGAUGGUGGCCGUGAAGCCUGGGAUAUGAUCCGCCGCCUCCGCCAGAAGGCUUGGCAAAAGGCUGGCCUUAAUCCUCAAAUGCUCUGGACCGAACAAGACCAGAUUCUAGCUGGGGUCACUUCGCCAGUUGACCCUCGCGGGGAUUGUGAACUUCCUUGCUCAAGUACUUCUCGCGACGGGUCUCCAAGUUUAGUAUCAGCCGGCCAUUCUUCGGUGCACAGCUCUCAAGCCAACAACUUCGUCAAAACAUUCUACAGCUUCCCCCAUUCCCACACGUUCUCGGACUCUGUUACCCCGAAUGCUACUAAAAGCCCCCUACGACACCAACACCAACUGCAGGACAAAGCCUUACCCUCAGUCUCACUUUCCCAAUUCCAUCCUAACCCCACCGAUAAUCCCAUACCUCCCCGUAUUGGUGCCUCCUCGCCCAAUAGAGACUCCCUAUUUGGUGCACCUCCACCAACACAAUCCCCUGCCCCCCUCUCUCCCGCCCCACAAGUUCGGCAUUCAGUUCCUACUGUUUCUGCUACUAGUAGCACCUCCAUCGUGGAUCCUGCUUCUCCCAAUUUCAUAACCAUGGCGGUUCCUACACCGCCAUCGAUGGUUGACCCCAACCUCAAUUUCGACUGGGACCAGUGGGAUGCGGUGUUCGGGCAACAUCUGCCUGUCGCAGACGAUCUGAUGGAAUUAGAUCCUGUCUCUGGUCUUGAUUUCACCCAUGUUGGAGGUACCUCAACAUUUAAUGGAGCUAGUCCUGUCGACAUCCCUUCUUCAUAUGGCAAUGGCCUUCCACCUCCAGCCUCCUCCCCAGAAGGGAAUCUCCCUUCAUGGAACGGGGAACAAUGGAGCUGA